CUAUGAACUAUUUUAAUUGGAAUGAGUUGCCUGAUGAUGAACAACUGGGGAACGCGAAGAUGAUACUAGGUCACCUAAAAAACAAUGCGAAGGUGCGUAAUUGGACGUUGCGUGAAGGAAGGCCAAACAGAAAUAUCCAUGUUAAUCCGUUGGGCAGUACACGUGUAAACAUGGACGUGGAUAAGGAACGGAAUGAAGACAAUCAGAUCUCACCAAAGAUUGUAUCAGUACUCUCACCUAGCGCGGUAACUAAUGAAUUAGAUUGGAAUGCCGCUUAUGCAGCAUUACUUCAAACACAUACUGGUGAUUUAGUAGACAUACUAUCAGCUGCUUCAAACGGGCAGGAGAUUCAUGAAAGAGAACAAAUUAUUGAAUCAGUCAAUGAGGCGAGUUUGAAAAGUGGACAAGAUGAAGAUUAA